AUGCGAUCAUUUCUGUAUCUCUCAACCACUCUGGCCACGGCCAUGGCUGCUGGCUGCCCAUACAUGAGCGGUCAACUUAGUGCUCGAGAUAAAGGCUUCGCGAAGCGUCAAGCAGGGGACUCUGUGGAAGGGACGACGUUGGCCACUCAGGAAUUCCUAGCUCCAUUUGAACUGAACGACACGAAUGUCUAUAUGACCACCGACUCUGGGACGCCAAUUGACGAAGCGGUGAGUUUGAAAGCUGGUCCGCGUGGGCCAACGCUGUUGGAGGAUUUCAUUUUCAGGCAGAAGCUGCAGAGAUUUGAUCAUGAACGUAUUCCUGAGCGUCCAGUACAUGCUAGAGGCGCUGGGGCCCACGGCGUCUUCACGAGCUACGGUGAUUUCAGCAAUGUCACUGCUGCCUCAUUCUUAUCUAAGGCUGGCAAGCAAACGCCAAUGUUCACUCGAAUGUCCACCGUCAUUGGCGAACGGGGUAGUGUCGAUUCCGCCAGAGACGUGCACGGCAUGGCCACUAGAUUUUACACUGACGAAGGAAACUUUGAUAUCGUUGGCAUCAACGUGCCGGUUUUCUUUAUCAACGACGCCAUCCUCUUUCCUGAUCUCAUUCAUGCUCUGAAGCCGAGCCCGGACAACCAAAUCCCUCAGGCUGCUACGGCUCAUGAUUCCGCCUACGACUUUUUCAGUCAAGAGACCAGCGCCUUGAACUUGGUCAUGAUAGUGAUGGCUGGUUACGGCAUACCACGAUCCUACCGCCACAUGGAUGGCUGGGGCGUGCACACCUACCGUCUCGUAACGAGCGAGGGUGCCUCAAAGUUGGUUAGAUGGCAUUGGAAAUCAUUGCAAGGGAAGGCAAGCUUCUUGUGGGAGGAAGCUCAAGCUGUGGGUGGCAAAAACUCCGAUUUCCAUCGCCAAGACAUGUGGAAUGCGAUUGAGGCUGGUGUCAACCCCGAGUGGGAGCUUGGUGUUCAAAUCUUCGAUGAAAAUGAGGAGCUGGCUUUUGGCUUCGAUGUUUUGGACCCAACCAAGUUCAUCCCAGAGGAGGUCGUUCCAAUUACCCCACUUGGAAAGAUGACUUUGAAUACGAAUCCUAAGAAUUACUUCGCGGAGACGGAGCAGAUCGGCUUCCAACCUGGACACAUCGUCCGCGGAAUCGACUUCUCCGACGACCCGGUGCUCCAAGGCCGUCUCUACUCGUACCUAGAUGCUCAGCUUAAUCGAUACGGAGGCCCAAACUUCGAGCAAGCGCCCGUUAACCGACCACGAGUGCCCAUCCACAAUAACAACCGUGAUGGCAAGGCGCAAGCGUAUAUCCCGACCAAUAUUGCAGCCUAUUCACCCAACACGCUCAACUUCGGUUCCCCCAUGGAAGCCAACGAAACUGUUGGAAACGGAUUCUUCACCGCUCCAAAUCGCUAUGUGAGCGGAGCCCUCACUCGCGAGCUUUCUCCCACCUUUGCAGACCAUUGGAGUCAACCACGCAUGGUCUGGAACUCGCUUUCGCCUGAGGAGCAGCAAAUUGCAGUCAAUGCCCUCCGCUUUGAAACAUCCCACGUGGUUUCUGUGACGGUCAAGCAGAAUUUCAUCAAUCAAAUGAACCGAAUCGACCACGACUUGGCUGUGCGAGUGGCACAGGUACUCGUCGACGUAACGGUUCCGCCACCAGACACCACCUACUAUAAUAACAACAAAACAUCAUACAUCUCCAUCUUUCACAACUCAUUGCCGACCAUCCAAGGCCUUAAUUUCGGUAUCCUAGCAUCAGUUUACUCAAACCAGUCCAUGUCCCAGGCAGCAAUGCUCAGCAAGCAAUUCGCCGACCUAGGCCUCUUCGUCAGCGUCGUAGCUGAAAACCUCGCUCCGGGUGUGAACCUCACAUACUCCGCCGCUGACGCCAUCGACUUUGACGGCAUCCUCGUCACCCCAGGCUCGGAAAGCAUUUUCCUCAACGGAACGUCUCCGCUAUACCCGCUUGGUCGUCCGCUCCAGAUCGUGCAGAGCGCAUACGUCUAUGGGAAGCCGGUGGGAGCUUUGGGCGGUGCCAGCAUGGUGUUUCAAAGCGUGGGGAUCGCGGAGAGACCGGGUGUUUACUUUAGGAAUAGUACUGCUACGUUGCUAUCUGACUUUGAGGCUGGAUUGAAGACGUUUAAGUUUCUUGAUCGGUUCCCGUUGGAUCCGCCUGUAGGGUGA